AUGUCUGGUCAACGUUAUGUUGCCGAAAAAUGGGAAAUAAUCCGAGCACAAGGGCGGGAUGAAGAAGAAAUUCGUCGAUUGUCAUCUGAUAUUGAAAAGGUCAUCCUCCUUUUUCGACGAAACCUGGGCAACCUAGCAGCACUUCCGGAUCACUUAGCAACGUUUUUGUACUACUUACAGACCGUUUUAGCAGACGUACAAACCGUUGGUGAUGAGUAUUUACAUUUAAUCCAAUCGGAUUCCGAUCUGAAAUAUAUCCCCAGUCCCGGGUCGAAGCUGAUUUUUAUGAUCUCACAUGUCCUCAUUCCACUCUGCUGGUCCUACUAUCAACAAUUUAUACGAAGUGCUUCUAGACCUGUUUCAACAUUUCGGACUGUAUUACGGGGAGCUGGACAUGCAUAUUCACAACUUGCCUCUACCCUCGACCGCACCCAUUUGGCGAUAUUUUACAUAUUUGGGGCUUAUUAUACCUUAUCAAGACGAUGGGCUGGGAUAAGAUUUUUAUCCACAAGUCCUCAGACGGAUACACAGAUCCUCAAAUUGUAUCGUAUUUUUGGGUUUGUCACCCUCGCGCAGUGCCUCAGCACUUUUGUCUAUAAAACUUAUCAUAUGAUACCAGAAAAGCCCGCGAUAAAGGUGGUGGAUAUAAAAACACCGGAAGUGGAAGAUAGCAAGCUGCAGCUCCUUGUGGACACAUAUUUUGUUGGGAUUGUUUGCAGGAAACCGGUACAAUGGACUCUCCAAAAUGCCCAACAUGUCGAAUGCCCUAUGAACCCCGUAAAAUUGUGCCUUUAU